ACCGCGGGGGCGAGAUUUCAGUUUGCCAAGCCAGAAACCGCGUCCUCCCUUAUAAACGCGCACGACGCGUACGCACACGGCACACUACCAUCCCGCACCGCACGACAGACAGCACGAGGAAGGCGAGCCAACCACCACCGCCGCGAGACUAGCACCACGAGCGAGCUCGGCCGAUUCCGAUUCCGUCUGCGCUAUUAAGGUUUGUUUGGAGGAAGGGGAGGAGGUUCGGAGGUGGAGCUGAGAGAGAGACCGGAGAUGGCGGCUUCCGCGAGGCAGGGGGAGAGGGCGACCAGCUUCGCCAUGGCCUGCAGCCUGCUCAGCCGCUACGUCCGCCAGAACGGCGCCGCCGCGGCCGAGCUCGGCCUCGGAAUCAACAAGGGUGAGGCCGAGGCUCACAGGACGGCGGACACCAAGAGCCCUUUGCCUGGGGCGGAGGGCGAGGAGGCCGGCAGGAAGAAGGAGACCAUGGAGCUCUUCCCGCAGAGCGCCGGCCUGCAGGACGCCGCCGCCCCUGACGCUACUAGGGAGGAAGACAAGAGCCAGCUGACCAUCUUCUAUGGUGGGAAGGUGCUCGUGUUCAACGAUUUCCCAGCCGACAAGGCCAAGGGCCUGAUGCAGUUGGCUGGCAAGGGCAGCCCGGUUGCUCAGAACGUCUCUGCGACCACAACUGCUGCAGACACCGCCAAGGUCCAGACGGCCGUGCUGGCCCCGGCAAGUAGUUUGCCUAGUGAUCCGGUUGUUGCUCCUAAGUCUGCUCGUCCGAAUGCUUCUGAUCUGCCAAUUGCUAGAAAGGCGUCACUUCACCGAUUCCUUGAGAAGAGAAAGGAUCGUCUGCAUGCAAAGGCACCAUAUCAAGCUUCUCCUUCUGAUGCAACACCAGUCAAGAAGGAGUUUGAGAACCAGCCAUGGCUUGGACUGGGGCCGAAUGCCGCCCUGAAGCCAAACCAAUAAGGCGGCAUGACAGGAGCCUUAUGCCCUUACCAGAAACAUCUGAAAUGUGCUUUGUCCUAGCGUUUUGUUUAGGUUAUGGUUCUGUGUUAUUCGCCUCCAUAGUUCCGAUGUAAAGAGAAGUAGCAAAUGAUGAUGACCGGUGCCCGAAGCCCGAGAGAAGUUUUGGCAUGUUAACACAUGGUGAUAUUGAGUUGGCCAUGCUAAGGAAAAAAAGUUAGUGCAAAGAAACAUAUUUGUAUCCUAUAUGUAAACUCUGAUCAUUCCGUAUUGUCAUUGAGUUUUAUCCUUGAUUUGUAAAAGCAAGUGAUUGUAAUGGAUUCAUAUUAUGUUUGUAUUCCCAUAUGGCUCUUAUGUUUACA